ACCCUCCGCUCUGUAGUCCAACAUUCCUUCAUUUCUACCCUAGUGAGCUGGGAAAUUCCAGGGAGAGGUCUGCUGUUUCUUGAACGUUUGCCGGGAAAGAACAUGGGAUUUGGGAAAACCCUCUGCAGUUUAUAAAAAGGACAAUGGAUCCCACUAGCUCUUCACUUUUCACUUUCACUUCACGGCCUCUUGACUCCUCACCUCCCCACCUUCUCACCUCUCGCUACUUACAUUCACGAUGGCCUUCACACCAAAAGCCUGCAGUCUUUUCCUGGUGGUUUUGCUGGGAGUUUGUAUACAGCUCAACGGAGCUCAGUACGUUCCAGGUGCCAGAUGCAAAUGCCCAGGAACCAUUAUGCAUACUCAGGAAAUCAUUGAUGACUUUGAAAUCAUUGAAAAGACCCAUUACUGCAACACUACUGAAAUCAUUGUUACACUGGCAGAAGAUGGAGCCAGAAGGUGCCUGAACCCUGUUGGAAGAAAGGCCAUGUUUUUCAUCAACUGCUGGAACAAAAUAAACAAGGACGACAAGCAAAAGAAGAGGUGUCUUAAGAGAAAAGCAGUGUGAACGUAACGGAGGAGGGGAGAAGGGGCACGGAGGAGGGGAGAAGGGGCAUGGAAAACCCAACGGCUGGAUUUUCCCAGAAGUCAUGUGACCAAACACACACAAGAAGAAUGUUGGGGGCUGACACUGCACUUUAGAGAGAGAGAGAGAGAGAGACCUCGAGAGAGAGAGAGAAGAGGGACUUUCUAUUUCAUCAGUUUCCUUUGUGAUUUUGUGUUACAGCACUGUAUACAACUACAAGUAUACAACACUGAUUGUGAGACAUUUAAAGAUAUCAUGUGUAAAACUCUUUAUUUAUUUUUGUAUUUGUUAUUUAAAUAAGUGUAAAUUCCUUAAUAAGUGUAUAUUAAUGAACAGAUAAAUAGGAUUUUGAUACAACUGAAAUAAAAAGUUUUUGGACACAA